ACUGUCUUUUGUUUUCUUCCACCAUCUUCUUUUUAGUUUCCCUCAAUUCGUUCAUCGAACUGUUAAAAAAUUGGAAAAUUUAUUUAUUACGAAUACUUAUAUUUAUAUAAAGAAGCUACAAUACCAGUACGUGUUUCCAUUGUCUACAUUAUUAUUCAUCAAGCGUCUUUUGCUAAAUCUAAAUAAAAAAUGGGUACUCAACCUGAGGUUUGUUGGAGUGUCAGCCAUGAAUGGAAAGCAGUUGUAUGUUAUGGAAUUGAUUGUUUGUAUUCAAAUCAAUUUAAAAUAAAAAAUAUUGAGGAUAUUGUAUUUACUAUUGGCAUAAAGAUGAAUGAGCUAAAGACUCAUCUUGAAGUAUGGGUUCAGAAAUCAAAUGCGGAGUUAUUAAACGCUUCUAUUCAAUUGUCGGUCAAAGAUAAAUUUGUAAAAAAGAAAGACGUUGACGAAUGGAAAGAGAUUUGCUCGUUUAAAAACUUUUUAUUAUUCCCUUCGCAACUUGUAGCUCGGCAAGUCCACGAUUCUUAUCGCGGAACUAAUAAUUAUGUUUACGACGUCAUCAUUAAUUGCAAAAUAAUUUUGUAUAAUUAUAUGCAAGAUCUAGUGUUUGAUAAUUUCUAUGAUGAUCUUCAGCAGUUUCUUAAAUCUCAAGAAUUAAGUGAUGUAACUUUAGUUAUUGGUGAAGUCGAAAUACCAGCUCACAAAGUUGUUCUCGCCGCUCACAGUCCAGUUUUUAAGGCCAUGUUAUUGUCUGGUAUGAAGGAAGCUAAAGAAGGAGAGAUAGAAAUAAAAAAUCUUGACGCCGACAUUAUCUCGGAAAUGCUUGAAUAUUUUUAUAAAGGAGAAACCAAAGCCAGCUUCGAUACAGAAGUUGCAUUGAAGAUGAUGGAACUAGCUGAAAUUUAUCAAAUUUCAAAGCUCAAGAGUAUUUGCCAGAAUACUUUGCUGAAUAAUAUGUCCAUUGAUAAUAUUUUUGACAUCGUUGAUGUUGCAGAUGACCAUAAUAUUGAAAAAUUACGUGAACAAGCUAUCAAAUUUAUGGUACAAUAUAGUGACAGAAUUUUUGCAUUGAAAAGAUUUGAACAACUGUUUUAUAAGAAAUCGGAAUUAAUGUUUGAAUUAAUGACCGCUGUUGGUAAAAAAAAAUAA